UUGUCUUUGUCACUUGUCAAAUUACUCGGUGCCUGUCAGUCAGUCUUAUUUCCUAUUUUACGAAAAUACGUAAAAUUAUUUAUAAAAUCGUACGUGAAUUUUACACUAAAUAAGAAAUGCACAGCUAAAUAAAAUGUCUUCGUUGAAUGAGCCGGUUCUUAACAUCAUAGUAAUCGGGUUCCAUCACAAAAAAGGAUGCCAGGUAGAGCAUUGUUACCCGGAGUUGGUCCCCGGGCGCCCUACAGAGCUGCCAGCGGCCUGGCGACAUCUGCCCGCACUGGCUCUUCCUGAUGGCUCUCACAAUUAUCUAUCAGACACAAUAUUCUUCAAUUUACCUGGAUUAAGUGAGCCAGCCCAUACUGUGUAUGGGAUAUCAUGUUUUCGACAAAUCCCUGUAGAACAAGUCGUCCAGAAGACUGAGGAUAUGACCCGUAGCUCUGUUCAAAAGAGUGUUUGUGUGAUUUGUCGAGCACCCCUAUUUGGACGUCUAGCCGUCAAAUUGGAGCUGGUGGUCCGAGCGUGGUUCCUGCAGGGAGAUUUCGCACAGACUAAGCUUUUGGAAGAUGCUUACAAACACCUCAAUAGUUGCCCCGUCCAGCUGGACCAGAUACUGGAAGGAUUAUCAGUGCAGCGUCUAGUAGAAAAUUGGCGUCAUAAAGCACUGCUGUUGUUCAAAUUACUGCUGCUGAGACGCAAAGUGUUAAUCUAUGGUGCGCCUGCCGGUGCUCUAUCUGCAGCUCUGCUUACUCUCCUAUCACUGCUGCCACGCUGCUUGGAUCACGGUCUCACUAAUGCUGCCAAUAUCACGCUAUCAAGACCACUCUCCCCUAUUCCUGUUACUGACAAUAAAACAGCUGAUAAUAUGAACAAUUGUAGUGAAGCACUCAGUGAACCCUAUGUCAAUGGCACAAACCAAACUGAUGAACUGACUCCAAAAGAGACCGGCAAUAUGCUAGAAGAAAAAGACAGAGUAAGCAGGCAAAGUUUUGAUGAGACUAUUCUCACUGAUGUUGUUGAUAGACAAGACCUUUCCACUGGCAGGGAAAAAUGCCACAGUAUUGGGGAGAAAUAUAAAACUCAAAAGACGUUAGUAGAAGCACAACAAAGUCCCACUAUGGCUAGAGAUAUGAGUGUUGAUGGUCUUUAUAAUUUGACGGGACAGAUAGAUCAAGCAGAAUGUGGCUUCCCGUUGCCUUUGUUUCAAGAUGGCUACUUGUGUCUGCCAUAUUUGUCAUUACAAUAUUUGGAUUUGCUAUCUGAUCCAGCAGUUCAGGGCUUCGUGGUGGGUGCGUCUAAUGUCCUGUUCAAGCAAAAGAGGCAGCUAUUUGAUGUGCUCGUGGAGUUAAAUGAGAUGAGAAUAGAGACCGGAGAUAUGGUACUUAGGAGACAGCUGGCUCUGGGGACGGAGGACUUACGUUUCGCGGACCACGUUGUGCGCCAUGGGUCUACUCAAGGCGACGCGUGGAUCAGAGAUCAAUUUUCUAGUUACCUUAUUUAUCUCUUACGAACAUCUUUAUUGCCAGAGGGUAGCCGUGAAAUAGACUCGUACAACGCUCAGUUCAUGAGCGCGUUCAAGGCGACGCCGGCCUACCAGCGCUGGCUGGAGAGCACCAACAACGGAGAGAUCGAGGCAUUCUCCAACCUCGCGCCAGUCCAUCCUUUUUCGGGACAGCUCUCCGUAGCCGACAUGAAGCUGAAGUUCGCACACACAAUGUCUACAACCGAGGGCGGGCGAAAGGUGACCGCGGCGGUGGCGAGCACAGGGCGGGCGGUGGCCACGACAUCUCGGGCCGUGGGUGGCGCCCUGUCGCAGGCACGAGGCGCCCUAUCCGGCUGGUGGUCGGCGCUCACUGCGCCUGCGCCGUUGGAGGCCAACGAUAACCCGCCCUCCGACGCCGAAGACGCCGCCGAACUCCACGCCGACGCCGCCGAACUCCACGCCGACCCCGCCGAAAACGCCGCGGACCUCCUAGACGACAACCGGCGGCCCGACCGCCCCGACCCUCCCGAUAAGUCGAUCGAGGACACCACCACCAACAUCGGUAAGAUACAAGUCAUUUAGUGACCGAUCAGUUCCUAGUUGCGAUGUGAUGAGGGUAUAUUGACCAGUGUAGGGUUGGAAUGUUAAUUUUGAAACUUUGAACAUCUCAUUAGGCUUAAUGCGUUGUUGACACACGCAGGGUCCAAAUUUAAUGUUAACGUGUUACGCGGUGACCACAUUACAGUCACUGACUUUGUUUAACGCGAACUGUGAACUAAAUAUUCGCGUUAAUUGUGUUCUAUAGAAGAGGGUAAACAUACACACACAUUUCUGAUCUUAACUCCCUAUGUAUUUCUUCAAAUACAUGUUAUUCCAAGGGACAUCGAAUUUGUACGCCUUAUUUCGAGAGACGCUAAUUAGUUAGACCUAGCUAGAUUUUGAGAAAUGCUGUUUUGCUACACUUUUGACGCUUCUCGAAAGUCGUCUCUCGUCUAGACUGGUCAACAUACCCCGUCGAUAAUGUUAGUGUAAGUUGUUCAAUGUUCAUGUUGCCGAUACUUCGCCGAUUCCUGAGAUUCCGAACGCGUCGUGUUGUUAUCUAAUAUCUAACAUAAAUUCUUACACAGUGUAUUCUCGCUUCAAUUGUAUACUUACAAAAAGUAAUGUUAUAUUUUAGUGUAAAUAUUCACGCGAGUUACACAAGUGUCAAUGGUGUUUUAAAUGGUAAUCUAAUCUAAAACGAGGUUGCUUAGUCCUAGAUGUCGAAGUAGUGGGUAUCUUGUGAUUUUCGAAUAAGCACUAUUUUAUUUGCACAAGGCUGUCCUUUAUUAUAUGGUGUAAAAGUGCGAGAAUGAUUACUGAUGAUUUAAUUAUCAUAAUUUAAUUCCAUUAAUGUUUUGUAGAUAUUUUCACAAUGAGCUAUCUGUGCUUCCUUUAAUUUUGUUGGUGAUAUAAUUUAUAUUUUUUUAGCUUUUUGUUUAUAAUUAUGUAUGUAUAUUGGUAAUAUGUUAAAAAAUGUACGUAUAAUCUAAUAGUGCAGUAUGUCAGUCAACUGUAAAAUUCCAUAACCCUGACUGCACAUACCUAUAAUGUUUGUAUCAUGUAAAAUAUUUUCUUCAUAUUGACAAUAGUACCUAUGAUACCAAGUUCUUCCCAUUUCAAAUGGUUAUAUGGUUUCUAGAGAUCAAUAUUGUAAUCACUGGUGAUACGCAUAACGAGGUAAGUAAGACUCACAUACUGUGUAGUGUGAUGUUCAAGUUGGAGGUAGCAAUUUUUUAAUGAUCAGGCAUCUCAUGGUUGAAUAUUAUGCUUUUAAAUUAAUUAAAUAUUAUAAGAAUGCAUGUAUAAUAACUUCCACAAAAGUUAUGAAUGGGUAGUAGUUAUAGCUGAAAUAUGUAUAUCAUUGAAAUGUAGAUAUUAUUAGUUAUUAACUAGACUUUGAUACACUUUGUGAUCUCUAAAUUUAGUUCGUUGUUGAAUAUGUACUUGAUAUAAUUUUAGUGUUUGAUAAGCUGAUAAGGUUUUCAUAUGGCUGCAUACUUAAUAAAAAUGAUAAAUUAAUAUCUUGAUUGUCUCAUAAUGCUCUCUAGCUUUUGUAAAACUCAAUUCCAAGUUAUUAAAUCAAAGAAUUUGGGAAAAAUAUAUUUUUAUGACUUAUGACUAUUCAUGUGUAACAUGAUUGUAAAAUGAGUGAAAGAAAACGCCGUAAUGAAAUCAACUUCCCGAAUAGAAUAAAUAAAAUAGUUCAACGAAAUUGUUUCGUUUACGGGAAAUACAUGAAUUUAGGAUACCUAGUGUAUAGUUUAAGGAUUGAUUUUUCGAUUUCACUUAUUUCCAAACAAAUUAAUUGAUCCAUUUUUAUAGUAAUCAGAUACAGUAACCUUUUGUCGUAAGCUGCAGUAAAAACGGUCGUGUGUAGAAGAACAGUUACUGAUUUCAGGAUUGUAGCUAAGUAAAACGCUCAUUAUGUGUAAGACGAUUAUUUCUACCAUGC